GUUUGCGAUUUUGGGGUGGAAAACCUCUGGCCACCUGCGAAGACUCCCUUGUUUUGCUACCAGGCGUGGAAAACAUCUGGGCUGCUGCGCCGGUUGAAGCUGCAAGUAGCGCAGAGGUUGAAUUCUUGCAGAAAACCAGGCGCGUUGCACAGGCUUAGUCUUCGGUUCCGGUUUCCUUCCAAAACCACACAAGGAUGCCUUUUCCGAAGAAAAGAAAAGUGAAAAAGACAAAGAAGCAGAAGUCAUCCGCUCUAGAUGAGGAAAUACCCAAAAAGGCAACGAUGGAGGCCGACGCUCUUAAGCAGCACCUGGUUCUCCAGAGGGACAUGGCCAAGCAAGCAAUGGCGGACAGGGAAGGACUCAGGCAGAGGCUGACAAAAUUGGAGACAGACCUGGAAGAAGCCCAAAAAGACAAAAAGGAUAUUUAUGAAGAGAUGAUCCGUCAAUAUCAGCAGCUUCAGCGCCAGACGGAUAUCCGGAUACAGCGUUUGGAAGCUGAGAAGCAGAACUUGCAGGAACAACUUGCUGCCUGCCAAAAAAACCUGCAGCGGAGCGAGGGGGACAGAGCGAAGAUCUCAGACGAGAAGGACAAGGUUGUGGCUGAGAUGCAACAGAAGGCUGAACGGAUGGAGACGGAAUAUGAAAGAAUCCUGCAUGAUACCCUUGAUCAGCUGCUUUCCAAGCUACAAACUACCAAACUUGGCUGGGAGACAGAGGCUACCCUCCUCCAUAUCAAAUGUAAGAAUACGCUAAAGGAGUUUGGACUUAACCCACUGGAGAUCUGAAGCAGCGUUCAGCAGAGCUAAGGUCUGUCUUCUUACCCUCACUGGAGUUUCAUAUUGCCAAGGACAUUAGAACAUGGAGAUAUUAAUCAACAUUGCUCAGCAGCAGCACGCGCUGCAUUAAAACACAGCGUGGUUUAUUUGGGUUGGUUUAGUGCCAUGUGUGAAGCCGGUCCCUGUGACUUGCAACAAACCAUUAUUAAAGCAAAUCAUGGCUUAGUGUGAUGUGUGAAUCCAAACUGUUGAGUCUUUAAGUGGAUGAAAAGCACUUUCCAUCAUUAACAAACUCUU